GAAAAGAUUGAAAUCGUUGGGUUCACCGUCUCAUCAGAUCAAACAAAUUGUUCACUGAUCUGAGAGAGAUAGAGAUGACGAGCAGCGAAGAUGACAAAAACAGAUCAGUGCAGCCUCCUCCGUUUCAUGGCGCCUCCAACUAUCCACAGCAGCCGCCCGCUGGUUAUCCACAGCCGGCUCAGCCCUACGUCUCCGGUUAUGCUGUAAAUGGGCUAACAGAAGAGCAACGUCGUCUUCCUUGUUGUGGUAUAGGCAUUGGUUGGUUAUUAUUCAUCCUUGGUUUCUUCUUCGGUGCUAUCCCCUGGUACAUUGGCUUCUUCCUUUUACUAUGCUCUAGAAAUCCGCGUGAGAAACCAGGAUAUAUAGCUUGUACAAUUGGAGCUGUUAUUGCCACGGGUUUCAUCGUUUUUGGAGCUAUAAGAGGAUCCGGGGUCUGGUAGUAAAGUGAAAUGUAGUGCUCCAAAUCCGGUACGGACCGGUUCGGGAGAUACUGGUGCAUAAGAAGAUUGUACAUGUGUGUUUUUUACUUAAAGAGCUCAAUGUAAACUGUUUGACGAUUACAGAGCAUUCAGAAAAAAAAAUACUGUCUCCUAAAAGCCAUAUUAAAGUGUUUCUACUGAAAUAAUAUAUAUAUGUGAUUUAAUAUAUGGGUAAUUUAAAACAUUA